AUGGAAGGAAAAAGAGAUGGGAGAAGUGAGCGCGCAUCAAAAUUUGACGAACGAUGGAAGGAAAAAGAGAUGGGAGAAGUGACAAGACCCAUUCCUAACUCAGUUAAUAAGAUAGUACCCACCAAAGAGACUACACCUAAACUCUCUCUCCUCUCCUUAAGAGGAAAUGCUCUCCUAGCCGUGGGAGUGACUCUUGUCAACACUUCCAUCGAUGCAUUUGCUGAUGACACAAAAAGUAAUCAUCACAAUUCUUCAGAUAUGUUCAAUUAUGUUCACAUAGAUGAAAAAUGGUUUCUUCUAUCAAAGAAAUGUGAACGGUACUAUCUCCUCCCAGAAGAACUAGAGUCUAAUCCAUAUAGAUCAUGUAAAAGUAAGAACUUCAUCACCAAAGUUAUGUUCAUGGCUGCUGUUGCACGUCCUAGAUUUGAUCAAAAUGGAGUUGAAUUGUUCUCAGGAAAAAUAGGGAUCUUUCCUUUUGUGGUCAAGGAGUCAGCCAAGCGGAAUAGCAAAAAUCGAGCUGCAGGAACUUUGGAAACAAAAUCUAUUUUAUCUGUGACUAAAGAUAUCACAAGGGAUUACUUGAUCGAAAAAGUUCUUCCAGCAAUUAGAUCAAAAUGGCCAAUUUCAGAGUCAAAUACUCCCAUUUUCAUCCAACAAGAUAACGCAAGACCUCAUAUUGAUAUAAACGAUAUGGAAUUUAACGAAGCUGCUCGAGAAGGUGGAUUUGAUAUCAGACUUUGCUUUCAGCCUCCUAAUAGCCCGGAUUUAAAUGUUUUAGAUCUUGGAUUCUUUAGAGCCAUUCAAUCUCUUCAAUAUCAAAAGGCUCCUUUAACCAUUGAUGAGUUGAUAAAUGCAGUUGAAACAUCUUUUAACGAAAUGAAAUGGGAGCGACUCAAUCACGUGUUUCUAACUUUGCAAGCUUGCAUGAUUGAAGUGAUGAAAGCUAAAGGAGGGAACAACUAUAAAGUGCCACACAUGAUGAAAGAAAGAUUAGAACGAGAAGGAAAUCUUCCGAUUCAACUUUCUUGUGAUAUUGACAUUGUCAAUGAAGCUAAUGCUCUGCUUCAAGUGUGA